AAAUAUUGGGAUUAUGAGCCCAGUGGAAAGUUUUCCAGUUAGACCAGAAAGCCCAAUGUAAAUGGGGCCAAUGCGGGAUUAUGGGCUUUCGGGUACAUGUCUGACAUCAGAGGCAGAGCCCCUCUUCUUCUUUUAUAGUGGUACUCCCGCGCGACCUCUGACAGACUGUCAUUACUCUCCUCUCCAUUGCUUCAGUCUUUUCUUGUCAUCGGCGCUCCGAGCAUGGCUGCUCGGUCUCACCUGAUCAUAACAUUUUACUAGGGAGGCACAGUUGUGCCAUUGGCGAACCAGAAGGCAAAAUGUCUGCUGCACAGGAAGGAGUUCUUGGGCGCUCUAAGGCAGAGUGGACUCCAUCUCGCGAUGCAUGUCUGGUUCAGCUUUUCAUUGAACAGCACAAUUGUGGAAGAACAGCUUAUAAUGAAUUCAAAAAUGAAGUUAUUAGGUCAGUAACCCGCGAUUUUAAUAAGAAGUUUGGCAUGAAUUUAGAAGAGAACCAGAUAAAAAACCGAUACAAUGUGAUGAAGAAAGACUAUGGUGUUGUUAAAACUCUUCUUAGUCACACUGGCUUUAGCUGGGACGAAAUACGAAAAAUGGUUGUGGCUGAUGAUAAAGUUUGGGACAACUACAUAGCUAUAAAAAGUGAAGCAAGGCCUUUUAGACGCAAGAGCUUUCCUCUUUACAACCAAAUGGCGAUUAUCUUUGAAGCAGGAGAAUCAAGAUCCGUUAUGAAACACCAAUUCCCAAGUGGACUGCUAGUGACAGCUGAAGAGGGAAAUAGUAAUACUGAAACAGUUCGAUCUUCAGAGCCUACUAACCUUCCAGCCCAGGUAGUUGAUGGCACCCCCGAUUCGGAUUCAAUGAUCCGAAUAGAUGACAAUGACAACGACGAUGAUGAUAAUAAUAGGCAACAAAUGAAGCUGAAAUCCGAGGCUCCUUCAAUGUCUGGUCAUAAAAGAAGAAAAUGCUAUAAGGUCAGAGAGACCAUAGAAAACACCUUAUACGAAAUGUUUUGCUCGGCCAACUUAAAAGCUGCACAAAGAAAAGCAUUUAGUGAGAAAACACUGUACCAAAAGUGCCUUGAGGAAUUACAAGGAAUUGAAGAGCUUGAUGACAUGGAAUUUACAAAAGCUGUUAAUGUUCUUAAGGAUGACAAAAAUGCAGUUGCUUUCAUGACUAUAAAAGGACCUCGGCGGUUAAUCUGGUUGAGGUCUCAAUGGCCAGCUUCAUAGUCUUAGUUUUGCUUUUUGCUUGUUGUAGGUGAUAUCUUGUAUUACUUAAUCAACGAGAGACUCAACUUGACUGCCCCUUUUGGCCUAUUAACAUGGAAAUGUUAUUGCUUCUUCAAGAGUA